CCAAGCGCCAUUGUUGGUAGCAUGUUGAAGAAAAAACUUGAAAUGUUGGCGGCAGGUAGUGCUACCUAAGUCUACCACUCUACCAUAGCAAGCCAACCAGCCAAAUAGCGCUCAUUCGAGAGUCUACUUCCCCUGGCGCUACCUAUCGAGAGAAGACUGUCACAUUGGGAUGUUGCAGGUGAUAUCCGCGCGCUUCGUCGGCUGCAGAGGAAUGCCUGCCGAGUGCGACGACGCCGACGAGCUCGAGACGGGUCAGACCAACUCUGCAAGUUAAGCGCGCCUUAGAACCUGGAAACGCACGUCUGUUCCAGUUCAAGCAGUCAGGCUCGCUCGGCGGUGUGUCUCUUAAUUGAGUCUCUAACAUAAGACUGACUGGCACCUUUGCAUGACUGGCAUACUCGCAACAGCGGCAACACAGAGUUUAAGUUGCCGGUCUUGUACCUGACAGUCCUGACUUUAAUCAGCCAGCAUUGAAACCCUACACCGUAACAAUGCCGCCGAAAGCAGACAUCGAGAUUCUCGCCCAAAUCAUAGACGAUGAAAGAGGACUCUACCGUCUCCGGGUCGGCCAAAGAGUCCACUACCUCACAAUCCCCGUGGGCGUAUUCGACGACGACACAAUGUGCCGGCCCUAUCUCCUCAUCCCCAGGCUGCCAGACCUUCCGGACUUGCCGUGGACCACCAUGACCAUCACGCGGGAUAAGAAUGAUGGCUCUCUUACCUCAACCAUCUCUACAGACCCGCUACGCGAGAUCAAAACAACCUGGCAUGAAGUGAGCAUCGACGUCUUGAGUUUGAAGAGAAUGAGGCGGUUGCGUUCGGGAGUGCACGAGGUCCAAUACAACGGCGCACCUGCCAUCGCCAAGGUUGCAAACUUUGAGUGGCAGAUUGCCCAGAUCGAGCGUGAAACGUGGGCUUACUCUUGGUUGGCCGAUUAUGCUCACGAACAACCUGACGAGCCUCCCAUUGCACCCAAGUUCCUCGGCCAUUUGACCGAAAACGGCAGAACCAUGGGAUUCCUGCUGGAAAAGCUUGAUGGAGAGGAGGCCGGCAUCGCCGACCUGGCUGACUGCGAGGCGCUGCUCGACAGGUUGCACAACGACGUGGGGUUGGUUCAUGGCGACGUGAAUCGGUAUAACUUUGUUAUCGACCGGGUCUCGGGAGGCGGUGUCCGUCUGGUUGAUUUCGAACAUGCUCAGGAGUUUGACGAGGAGUUGGCUAGGACGGAGUUGAUGUCCUUACCGGCGGCGUUGACUGAAGAAACUGGGCGGGGAGGGUGUCGAAUUUAUAAUGAGAACUAGGAUAGGAAAGUGUACCUUAUACUUGGUAGUCGCUUCAGGUUUGGGCUUCUAGAUUACUACCUGCCUACCCAAGUUCGUAGUAUACGAUAUACAUGUAUAACGCCGGCAGGGUCGGGCUGUCCGUAUGGACAAGGCCGCUUCAGAUGUCAAUGACAAC